AUGGAGCUUCAGAGGAAGCUGAUUGCUCUAGGUCCGUUAAACCAUAUAGCAGAUUAUUUAAUGGCGCAGAAGAAGCGCUCGUUUCUGAAGGAUGAGAGAGCUUGGUUCGAUGCAGCUCCCGUACUCUGCAUGCUGUGUUCGCUGGAACAAAUAUACUUGAAUAAUAAGUCGCAGAAAUCUGAGCAACAGCAGCAGUCAUGGUCGCUGGUGACAGGUAGCGACGCCGAGACUCCAAUGAGUACUCCAGUGAGUGGUCCGACGAGUACAGAUACAGCGUCAGGCACGCGAAAUAUGGGAAGUGCGGGGGAUGCAGGUCGUAGUAUCGCGGAGAUUCUGUACACAGUGAAUUUGCUGGAGUUAUUUCGGAAGCUUGUUGGGCUGCAGCCGGAAUUGUCUCGGUUGUUUACCACGACGCAGAUGGAAGGGACAACUUUUUUGUUUGGUCAUUUGCCGGCAGUCACGUUCUUGCUCCAAGAGUUGUCGGUCGACAACGCAGAGGUCGAUCUGGCGAUCCUCCGUCUUGUAGAUCACAUUCAUCAAAGCAACCGGCUCUGUACAGCCGAUAUGCAACACAUGAACCGCGCCAUGACCAAGGCGACGGAACUGCUGGUCUUUAGCAGCAAAGGACCUAUAAAAGACUUGCGGUUAUACGUGGAAGAGCUCACUGCAGCUGCCUAUCUAUGCAGCAUUUCCGCUCAGUGCCUCGUCUCCAAAGCCGAGACGUGCAGGACGAAGACCUCGACAACUGAGGUGUGUGUUGAAGAGACCGCAAUUAAAGGAGCCAUACUGGACUCACUAUACAAGCUUAUAACUCUGGUCAUUCGGGCCUCGUAUCGACCGGAGGUGUUGGAGACGGUAGCAGACCUCUUGGCAGCCGACGGCCAAGACUUAACGCAAAGCCAAGACGAGGGAACGGUGACCACCAUGAAGUCUGCCGCUACGACCGCUGCUACAAUCAUUUGCGAGCGACUUGAAACGAUUGGACAGGUCGUCAUCAGUUGUCUCUGUGAGAACGAGGCCGGCGGAAUGGAUGUGCGGGGAGAUCAACCGUCAGAGACGGCAAUCAACCUGGCACUGGGUGCAAAGUUGUUCUUCUCUGAGGCGUUUGUUCCCUUCAUGUCCGGUCUGCAGAUCGGCAUCAGCAAGUUGCAGCAGCACGAUCCUGAGCUGGGGUCUUUGACUUACUUCACCGGUCCUCUGGGAUUCCUUUGCGAAAAUUUGAUGCCUCACGUCAAGGUUAACAACUCACAAGAGGCGCAGCAAGUGAUUGGUUUUUUCGUCCACUGCUUAUCUCUGCUGCAAGUCUGUCGUCCGCAAGGUAGUGCUACUGCCACUACAGCUGGGACAGUGGAUGACGCUACUGCAGCGGACCUGGCGCCGGGAAUGGGCAUGAUCGAGCAAAGCAUGACUGAGCAGCACAACAUUUCCACGGCUGGUUCUGAGAUAAAUUGUGAGGAGGCAGUAAGUCAGUUGGAGUUCCUGGUGGCAAGCAUGUGUGGUUUAAGCUUGUACGUAAUGGUCGAGUACGGCAUGCCGAAUGAGGCGACUACCGCAAUGAGCUUGAUUCAGAUUUACCUGGCGUCUCUACCAUGUUACAAGUCCUGGACAGAGGAACGGGAAGAACUAGCCCGCGUCCUCUUGCUAUGGGUUGCCGCGGCUGGCAUCAGCGACCGGAAGCCUCCAUUCGACGUGAAGAGACCCUCGACCGCGUUGCUCAUGUCUGUCCUGCAAACGGCGAUAGCUGAUGGCUGCAGCUUUGGACUGGCGUCAUUCGGUCCCGUCAUCUUGACCGAAGCGGCUCGCGGAAUCAUUGAGAACUUCCAGGACGCAGAACACGACGUAGUGGCUGCUGAACUGGGACUGGAGGAAGUCUGCAAACAAGCUUCGAGACUGGCACUCGGACCCAACCAAGCAGCGAUCAUAGACAGCUUGCGGUCGCGGGCUCCAGAACUCAUACAAGACUAUAUCCAAUGCUUUGAGGUUCUAGGUUCAUGGGCUUGA